AAAACCCUAAGAAAAGAAAAAAGAAAGUGCUGAAAGGAAAAAAGCGAAGAAGCACCGAGAAGAGACCGGCUGAAAGGAAAAAAGGCUUCAGUUGGAGGGAGCAAGGUUUAGGUAGCCAUUUCUAGGUUUAAGUUUCAGUGAAAAGAAGAAGAAGAAGAAGAAGAAGAAGGGGUUUGAAAUGCAGCCUUACGGAAUACAAUCAAUGCUAAAGGAGGGGCACAAGCACCUCUCCGGUUUGGACGAAGCGGUGGUGAAGAACAUCGAUGCCUGCAAGCAACUCUCUGCUAUCACUCGAACUUCUCUGGGUCCCAAUGGUAUGAAUAAGAUGGUUAUCAAUCAUUUGGACAAGCUCUUUGUGACAAAUGAUGCUGCCACCAUUGUCAAUGAGCUUGAGGUUCAGCAUCCUGCUGCCAAGCUUUUGGUUUUGGCAGGCAGGGCUCAGCAAGAGGAGAUUGGUGAUGGUGCUAAUCUGACCAUUUCUUUUGCUGGGGAGCUCCUGCAAAACGCAGAGGAGCUUAUAAGGAUGGGCCUGCACCCAAGUGAGAUCAUCAGUGGGUACAAUAAAGCCAUCAAAAAGACGAUCGAAAUCCUAGAUGAACUGCUAGAGCCAGGUUCUGAGAAUAUGGAUGUCCGUAACAAAGAAGAAGUGGUUUCUAGAAUGAAGGCAGCUGUUGCCAGCAAGCAGUUUGGACAAGAAGAUAUCUUAUCCUCACUUGUUGCCGAUGCAUGCAUACAAGUAUGCCCCAAGAACCCAGCAAACUUUAAUGUGGAUAAUGUACGUGUUGCAAAGAUUGUGGGUGGGGGUUUGCAUAACUGUACAGUAGUUCGAGGUAUGGUUUUGAAAACUGAUGCUGUGGGGAGUAUAAAGCGAAUGGAGAAGGCCAAGGUUAGCACACUUCUGUUUUGAAACAUUUG